AUGUCUUUGGUGUCAACAAUUCACUUCUACAUAACAAGUAAUCGAGAUAAAAAGGAAACGCCUGUCCUACUUGCAGAAGCGGAUGCUUUGAACGAACUCCUCGCUCGCUGUGUAUCACUGCCCACAGCAGCAGCAGCCGCGCUGUUGCCACCGCCGCCACUGCAGCUGCAACCGCCAGCGCCUCAAACAACCUACCCAGCAAAUGCCACCUUGUUCAGUAGUGUUUUAUUAGCUGCAUCUAAUUGGGAGGUGAGGAGAGAUAUGCUCGUUGCCAACGACCUCAUUGGCUGUGUCAUUGGAAGGGGUGGAAUGAAGAUUAAUGAAAUUAGGAAGGCAUCUCAAGCCACAAUAUGGAUUUCUAACGAUGAAAAGUUUCAGUAUUGUUCUCGCUUAAUCACUAUAAUCGGAUCGCCGAUGGCCGUUGAUUCAGCAAUCAGCAUGAUCAAUGCCAGGCCACCGUAUUGCCUUCAGAGAUCGUCCAACCUAUUUCAUAAUGACAACGUGAUUGCAAGACUUCGCACCAGCGACAAACGCAGGAAGCUGAAUAUUGUCUUGUAA